AUGAACAUGCUACCAGCCGUGCCAGCCUAUGGAUAUGAUGCACCACCCUUCUAUCCCCACUAUCCAUACAAUAUGAGCAUGGCUGCAGCGUAUUCCUCUCCAAUCCCUUCCUACUCGUUCCCAAUCAAAUCCGAAUCAUCGGAUGACUCGUCGCCAACUUCUCGAAACAAACAAUUCACGAAUCCUGAUGAAGAAGUCAGAUAUCGAGAAAAAAGAUCGAGAAAUAAUGUGGCCGCGCAGAAGUCACGAAAAGUCAGAAAACAAAGGGAAGAGGAAGCUGUCAAAAAAGCGAACAGCUUGGAACAAGAGAACAAACAGCUGAAAGAUGAGGUCAAAGCUCUAAAGCAGCUAAAUGAGCAGUUCAAACAGCAACUCCAAUCGAGUCUCUGCAAUCGUUGUAGCGGUUUUCUCAUCGAUCAAAAUCCAUUCACCACCACAACUGCACAAAAUAUCCAACUCAAUUUCUACGGGAAUCCGCUGACGGCGAGACAAAGUCGA